GUGUCAGAAAUGGUGGGGACAUGAAGGGUUCUAGAAAAGGGGAAGGGCAUGGGGAGGGAAGAAGAGAUCAUUUUGAAUAAGAUGAGGAAUGUCUAGAAUAUAGGAAAUGGGUAGAGGCAAAAAUAGAGCUAGAAAUGGUUGAUCUUGCUAGGGCUUUAUGGGUUCAUUUAAAUUCUCGUUCUUGGUGAAUUGGGAAAGAAAAAUUGGACAAUGGAAAAUUAUGACUUAACGCAGAAGAAGAAUUCAUCAUCUUCUUCAUCUUCAAGUUUGGAUGUAAUUUUGCGGUGUGAGCAAGCAGGCAGACGCUGUUUCCCUCAGUGUUUGACAUAUGGGUAAUGGUUAUUGGAUGUCACGUGAGAUGGUCAAAUGAUAAUCCUUUGACCAGAAACAUGCCCGCCAAAUGAACCCCAUUUUCGCAUUCCCGCCCUCUUCCGGAAGAUUUGAUCUAAACGACAUUGUUUUGUUUUGACUUUCGCCCUUUGCCUUUCCCUAGCCUCCAAAAUCCUCUGCAUCUGCAACUCACAACUCCUCUCUCAUAGAUUUGUCUCUGCAAUGGCGAUAAUAGACUCAAUCACAGACUAUAGUAAAACCCAACGUGUAGUUCUCCUCAUAGACCUAAACCCACUUCUCCACCUCAAAGACCCAAAUCCAUAUCUUAUCUCUUUGCUUUCCUGUGCUAAAACCCUUCUCUCUUUCCCUCCACUUUCCUCCUCUCUCUUCUCCUUUAAGCCAUUUUUUUCUUCCCUCUCUCCGCUCCUCUCCUCUUCUAAGCUUUCCAUCCCUUCUUUGUCUCUCUCUUUCAACCGCCCAAAUUCCACUCUCGAGUCUCUCACCCAAACUGUCACUGCCCUUCUCUCUGCCAUCGAUAGAACUUCGAUUCCGCCCCUCUCGCCUCGGGCUUUGCACCUUGCAGCGUCGAUGCGUCAGCUUGUUCAUGAUUACGCUUGGGAUUCUGUGAUCUGCGAUUCACUUGCGGGUACGCUUUCGAAUUGCGACUCAUUUGUAAAAUCGAAUUUAGUUGUUUUGUUUUCCCCAAUUAUUUCGUCUUUGAAAUGCUUGUCAGAAUUCUUCAGUGUAGAGAUGAGUGAUGAGUGUUUGAGAAAUGUGGACGGGUUGAUUAAGAAGUUCCGUGAGUCCUUUGAGAGCGUCAAUGAGGCUUUUAUUAGUAGGGACAUUCAUUUCAGUUGGGUUGAUGUGAAGUAUGAGACCGCGUGUGCUGCAUAUAAGGGUGAUUUUGAGGAACCCGAGUUGGUAUAUGGGUUUUUCGAGAGUGGGAUUAGGGAUUUAGGCUGGGGGUUUUGUUCAAGUGAGUCUAUUGUUUUGGGUUCUGCACUCGUUCCUUUUGGAUUAAUUUAUCCAAGGAUUGGAAUUUCGCCGAGAUUGAUUAAUUUGGAUGAUAGUUAUCAGGCUAUCAAUGCGCAACUGAGUCUCGAGAUACUAGAUGUGAGUGAAAAGCCUUUGGAAUGUAAGUGUUGUGAUAUAGAAUUGGUUAAUCUCAAUGGGUUUUCUGGAAUUAGCCCAAAGUUCACGGAUCCACAAACUUAUAGUUUUGAACAAAAGAAAAUGGUUUGGAGAAAUCUUAGUCAUGGAAUGACAAAACUACAUGUUAAAGCAGUUAAAAAACAUGUUAAGUGUGUAAACUUGGAGGGGUUCUUGUCUGAUCCCAUUUUUGUGCGUGAGCUUUCACGGGAUUCUGAGAAAGUUCAAAAUGAAAGUUGCAGUGAACUUUUUGAAGACAAGGUUCUUGAAAUCCUGAGGAUGGAAAUGGGCAACUCGGUGCCAAGAAAAUCUGUACCCAUUUGGGAAAUUCUUUUCAGUUUUCUAUAUAGAGAAGAUUAUUGGGCUUUGGUGUCUCUUUCAAAUGGCAAUGGCAAUUCACUUGUGGGAAUCCUGAAGCCUUUCACAGUUUCUUUAGCUCUCCUCUCAAUUAUAAGAGAUCACUCUAUAAUAAAUGAAUUUGAUGGAGCAGGUUUAGGUCAAUUUGUUAUGAAGGCAGACACUGAGAUUUGCAAAUCCCAAUUAGAUUUGACCCAGUCCUUUGGACUCGUAGGUCCCCAAUCUGGGCCUCCACCUUCAGAAAACUGUGCUGAAGUUGGAGAUGGUAAAAGGAAGAAGAAGAAAAGUUUAAAUAUGCUUCAGGAACUAACGUGGAGUGCCUUUUGUAAGGCAGCACUGGAACACUUACAAAUAGAUUUGGAAGAUAUUUACUUUGCCAGGGGAUGCAGCAAGUCAAAGAAAUUAAAAUUUCUGAAAUGCUGGAUGAAACAGAUUAAGAAAUCUAGCAUUUGUAGCUUGCCCAUGCCUGAGAGAUCCAAACUGCAUCAGGAUAUCUCUAAAAAAAUGGACAAUAGAUCAACCGAGUUGCCUCAGGAAUGUGAACAGCCAAUUCCUUCAUGUUCCUCAGUGGGAGAGGAUUCCUUGACCGGGGCUUCUAGAAUACAGGAUGAAGUUGCUCUUGGUUUUUGCUCAGAUACUUUGGAAAGUUUUUUUAAUGAUCUUCCACAUAAAAUCCAGCAAGGGAUUGAAUCUGAAGAAGUAGAGUUGGAGUCUUUGGCAAAUCGACUUGUUAACUCAUCUAUAUAUUGGUUAUAUCAAAAGCGUGAAAGGGAAACUGUGUCCGAGAGUCAAAUGCAUGUUGUAAAAUCUGAUGAUCCUUCUACUGGAACAGUUGCUGUUGAGCUGACUAAACUUUUAAUCAAGGAUCCUAAGGACUUGGCUGCUAUGUACAGAAAUAGAGAACUAUCCUCUCGGGCAUCUAAUCCAAGUGCUGCUGAAGUUACUUCAGAACAUAUUGUUAGAGAAUAUGAAUUACAGAUUUUAUAUCGCAUGGAGAUGCUCCAAUCAGAGGUUGGAGCAAGUUUUGGGGAGUCUACAAAACAAAAGUUUGUGAAGCAAAUUUGCUUGCUUUUAGAGACCAUUCAGUGCCAUCUGCAGGGAGGCUUUUUUGGUGAUUGGAGCCUUGAAAAAUAUAUGGGAAAGAUCAUAAAAAACAGGUAUUGUCAGAGUCUUGGGGAUGUGGUUCAGAGAAUUUAUGCAAAAAUGGAUAUGUUGUUAUUUGAGGAUGAGGAUGAAUCCCCUAAUUCUUUGCUGAAUAGUGAGGACAGUAAUCAAUCCUGGAAAGGAAAACACAAGGGAGAUGAAAUGGAUGAAAACUGUAGAAACAACGAUCCAGUCUCUGCAGAAGAUGAAUCCUUCCAAUUGGUAGGAAAGGAGCAUGGAAGUCCCCAAGGAAUAAACAGGGAGAAGCAUGCUCGUAAAUUAAUUGAAGCUCAGGAAAGAAGACAAAGAGCUCGUAGAUUUGCAUCUUUCACUAGCUGGGUUCCAGACUUGCAAAGAGUUUGGGCCCCAAAGCAGCCGAGGGCAAUGAAAGUGAGGUCAGAUCCUCUUCGGAAGCAAUUAAAAAGAAGGGAACAAAGAAGGGUAAGCUAUGACACGGUAUGCGAGACCCCAAUGACUGGAAAGAAAAGUUCCAGCGGAGGAGGCAGCAUUGGUGGGGAAGACCACCAAGAUAAUGGGACCCCUUUGUGUGGUUCUGUUUCUAAGGCCCUGUUUCAAGAUGACUGAUAAUGCAAUUCAGAGUAACAGUUCUUAGGAUGCCCAGAUGACGUGCUUUUGCGAAAGGAAAAAAAAAAAAGAAAUAAUUUCUUGAUAAGUUGCAAAACCCCAUGUAACAUAACAAUUAGAGCGUUAACUUUUCCCUUACAAAUCUAAUUUCUGUUAGCAAUUGUAAAAUUAUGAUAAUAUUGUUAUAACUUCACAUGAAACUGUUAUAUUUCUGAGAUAAUAAUGCAUUUUACUGAAUAAGAAUAAAUUUUCAGUGUUGUCUUUGUU